AUGAACCGCAUCGACGUGCACCACCACUUCAUCCCCCCUGCCUAUGUCAAGGCUUUCAACUCAACUCCUGGUGACCCCUCUGGCUGGCACCUCCCCAAAUGGACACCAGAAUCGACCCUCUCCCUCAUGACCUCUCACUCCACCCGCACGGCCAUUCUCUCCCUGACCGCACCGGGCACCUCUAUCCUAUCCGAUUCUCUAGUAGACUCGGUCACCCUCGCCCGGCAAAUAAACCUCUAUGGCUUCCAACUUCACCAGGAAAACCCCACUCGGUUCGGGUUCUUCGCCAGCCUCCCACAUCUGACACCUAAAACCAUCCCCUCGGCUAUCGAGGAAGCGAUCUAUGCUCUGGACACACUCCAGGCUGACGGCAUUACUCUGUAUACUCGGUAUAGUGGAACCGGGUACCUCGGUCAUGCGGCCUUUGCGCCGCUCUGGGAGGAACUGAACCGCCGAAAGGCAAUAGUCUUCAUCCAUCCGACAAACACCGCCUCAGACGCCCAGAAUAAACCUGAGAUGGUCAAUGCAAAAUUACCGCAGCCGAUUAUUGAUUAUCCGCACGAGACAUGCCGAACGGCGGUCGAUCUGAUCACCUCAGGGACUAUCUCCAAGAACCCUGAUGUGAAGAUCAUUCUGUCCCAUGGAGGUGGUACACUGCCUAUUCUCGCUACUCGGGCAGCAAACCUGCUUUACGAUGCGGGUCUGACCGAGAUAACCCCAGAGAGAUUCCUGGAGCAGGCUAGGGGGUUUUAUCUCGAUCUCGCGCUUUCUGGGAACGAGGGGAAUUUGGAGUUGCUGGUGGGCAAGAAUGGGUUUGCAAAGACAGGCCAUGUGCUAUAUGGUAGUGACUUCCCAUAUGCUCCGGUGGAGACAAUUAACAAGUAUGUUGGGGAGAUGGAGCAUUUCCUUGGGCAAGGAGGAGAGAAGGAGGAGGAGAUUGCCCGGGGUGCGGCGGUUGAAUUAUUUCCGCGAUUCCGGAUUGAGGAGGAUAACAGGGAAGCAUUUUACGAAGCUAGGCUGUAG